UCCCGAUCUUGUCUCGAACGGCCAUGGCUGAGCAGCGCGUCCGCGUUCGAGGACUCAGUAUAUACCGUCCUAUCAUCUAUGGAAAUACUGCAGUUGUUUUGACUCCAGAGGAGCGUAAGGUGUUACCUACGCCCGACCAUACACACAGAUGGACUGUCGCUGUACGAAGUGCAGCCUCUGCGCCCGAUUCUGAUAUUGUAGGAGGUGCAGAUGACUUGAGUUAUUUCAUUAAACGUGUUACGUUCAAGUUGCAUGAAACGUAUCCAAAUCCUACGAGAAAUAUAGAAAAGCCACCAUUCGAGGUGUCAGAGACAGGAUGGGGUGAAUUUGAGGUCCAGAUCCGAAUAACAUUUGUACCAGAAUCCGGCGAGAAAGCUAUUACGACAUAUCACCAUCUCAAACUGCACCCAUGGACACUCCUGACCGGAGGCGAGUCCGCUGAAGCCCCUUCCCUAGAAACUGCCGCCAAGCUUGGACCUGUUCACUCCUGGCAAUACGACGAGAUUGUCUUUAACGACCCGUUUCAAUCUUUCCUUAACAUCCUCACUGCCCAUCCUCCGACACCUCUCCCAAAGCACAAACGCAAACCUGUACCUUUCCAUACAGCCAAUCCUGCAUCUCUCGAGGCCAGCAAGGGCGGAACACCGGAGUUCACGCAGGAAAUGGAAAAGGAAGAGGCGGAGAGGUUGGAAAAUGCAAGGAAAACUGUGAUAGCAGAGCAGGACAAGUGGAGAGCAAUGUUGAUAGAGAAGGAGAAGGAGCUUCAGCAGUUGCAGAGGCAACUUUCGGAUGCUUGAUAUGAGGAGUACACAUGUGUAUGAUUACUGUGGUUUGUACAUUAGCACGAUUGUACGUUGGUAUAAUACAUCUGGGAUAUCAUGAGGAAACAAUACUGAUACAUAGCCAUGAGAAAAAGGCCCUGAAAAAAAAUAAGCAACAAGGAGACGUCAGUGCCAUGGCGUCCAUCCGGAGUACAUUCUCCCCUAUAAAACUAGACGUCAAGUUCCCAAACUUCAAUGCGCAGUGCCAUCAUAUACGCACCAAGUUAUGAACGUCAGUAGCC